GCGGUGGCCACGGCGGCGGCUGGUGCAAGAGAAGCGACGCGCAUGGGUAGGCUGUGUGUGGAGCUGUUCAGCGCAAAGGUGCUGAGCCUCGCUCGCGUUUAAGGAGGCUCCGCCGGCUGCUGCUCCCUCGGCUGGCGGCAUGGGACUGGGAUCCGGCUUCCUCCACUGCCACGCACAGAAAGGAACCCGACUUUAACAAGCUUAUGCUACAGAAGGAAAGGCUGAAUGAAUCUUGAAACAGGGAGCCCAAGACAGUAACAGGUCUUUUUCAGGUGCACUUCUGCCACGGCUUCUAGUGAUGAGCAAUGAUACACUCUGAAGUCUACAGAGACCAAACAUCCAAAGGAAUGGUUGCUUCGCUUCCUUCUCACUGUCGCGAAAUGAAAUGGUGUUCCUAAGGUGAUAACUGCUUCUUGCAGUCUAGAAAACGCAACUUCACUAGGACAUUCUGAUGGCUGGCGGGUGGUGAUGACACCAUGUAGAAGGUCCUGAAGGGGUGUCCUAACUGAGUUGCAAUGGUUUUAUACACUUCCCCAUUUCCAAAUGGCUUUCUGUCAGCACUGCACUCUUUCUCCUGGGGCUUGAUCUUCCCAUGUUAUUGGCUUGGAGACAGGCUUAUAGCCUCUUUUGUGCCUACCACCUAUGAGAAGCGCCAAAGGGGAGAUGAUCCGUGCUACUUCCACGCUCUGUGCAUCAUCAUCACCACUCCAAUUUACCUGGCGCUGCUGGUGGUCUCUCUGCCUUUUGCCCUGAUUGGCUUCCUGCUCUGGUCCCCUCUCCAGUCUGCUAGGCGACCGUACGUCUACUCUAGGCUGCAAGACAAGAGCCAGAUCCAUGGAAGCACGUUGCUCACGGAGUGGAAGGCCGCCAGCAAUGGGAAAAGCUUCUGCUUUGGCAGCGCCAAUGUCUGCCUGCUCCCAGACUCCUUGGCAAGAUUGAACAAUGUUUUCAACACACAGGCUCGUGCUAAGGAGGUCGGGCGACGGAUACGGAAUGGGGCUAGCAGGCCACAGAUCAAAAUCUACAUUGAUUCCCCCACAAACACAUCCAUCAGCGCAGCAAGCUUCAGCAGCCUGGUUUCUCCUCAGGGCGGAGAUAGUAAUAACCGCGCAGUCAAUGUGGGCAUCAAGAGGACAACCUCGAUGGAGUACAAAGGGGACAACUCCGGCUCGAACAACAGCGAAGAUGGUAGAGAUGGCAAAGCUGGAGGAGAUACCAAUGAGGGUGAAGAUGGCAACACGUGCAUUGUGCGCAUAGGCGGAGAGGACAAUGGGCACAUUUCAGACCUGGAAGCGGAUGGCACUGGGGGCCAAGUCAAUAACAGCAAGGGGCCAGCAGACCGAUCACCAGAAUCUGAAGCCGAGAGCCUGAAAGGCCAGACUCCGAACCAUAAGCAGAAAGAGGGGGAUUCUGGGAGCCUGGAUAGCUACACUGCCUCACGAGAGUCCCUAGUGAAGGUGCGUGCAGCAGACGGCCCUGUGGACCAGAGCACUGUCAACAGCAAGCUCCUUUACAAGGCCUCACUGAUGAAGAAGACCUCCUUGAGAAAAAAGAGAAACACAGAUGAGCUCUUUGACCAUGAGAUCUCUGCUUUCUUCCCUGCCAAUUUGGACUUCCUGUGCUUGCAGGAAGUGUUUGACAAAAGGGCGGCUGAGAAAUUGAAAGAGGAGCUCCACCAUUACUUCGAAUACAUUCUGUACGAUGUCGGGGUCUACAGCUGCCAUGGCUGCUGUACCUUUAAGUUUGUGAACAGUGGUCUGCUUUUUGCCAGCCGCUACCCAGUUAUGGAUGCUGCUUAUCACUGUUAUCCCAAUGGAAAAGGAACAGACGCCUUGUCUUCUAAGGGGGCCCUGUUUCUCAAGGUGCAAGUGGGAAGUACACCUCAGGACCAAAGAAUUGUGGGAUACAUUUCCUGCACUCACUUGCAAGCUCUGGCAGGGGACAGUACUGUUCGAUGCGAACAACUGGAUCUGCUUCAGGAUUGGCUGGCUGAUUUCAGAAAAUCUACCUCCUCCUCCAGCACAGCCAAUCCAGAGGAGCUGGUGGCAUUUGAUGUACUCUGUGGAGAUCUCAACUUUGACAAUUGCUCAUCAGAUGACAAGCUGGAGCAGCAGCAUUCCUUGUUUACGCGCUACAAGGACCCAUGCCGGCUUGGUCCAGGGGAGGACAAAUCGUGGGCAAUUGGUACCUUGUUAGAUCCAGAAGGACUAUACGAUGAAGAAGUGUGCACAGCAGAUAACCUGCAGAAGACAAUGGAAAGUGAAGAAGGGCGAAAAGCCUAUAUUGUCUUUCCUACCAGCAAGACCCAUGCUUCAAGUCAGAAGGGGCGGAAGAGAGCUCUGAAGGGGAACGGGAGGCGAAUUGACUACAUGCUUUACACUGAAGAAGGACUCUAUCUAGAGUGGAAAGUGGAAGUGGAAGAGUUCAGUUUCAUUACUCAGCUGGCAGGCUUAACUGAUCACCUGCCUGUUGCCAUGCGCCUGAUGGUUUCAACGGGAGAAGAGGAUCCUUAAAAAAAGGACCGGUUUUUUUUUUGUCCCCCAAGAGUGUAGAAGGGGCAACUUCCAAACUUGUGACCAAGAUGCAAGACAGAGUGUGGGAUUUUUCGGAUGCCCCCACCCCCUUCGAGACCAGGCUUGACUCAGACUACCCUCUGGCUGCGAUUCUACCUGCUUUUCAGAUUCCUCUCCAUUUGCAUCCUGUUAGGAAGAUGUUAAAAAGGGAAGCAGAGAACGUAUGUGAAUGUGUGCAUGGGGAGAUGGGGGAGGGAGGGGGGUGUCAGCCCACCCACAAGCGUCACGAGUUGCCAGGCAACCGGGCAAGCCUGUAUUUCUAUACUUUCACUGUGGACUUAAAAGGAACCAAGGUAGAAGUCCCAAUUCUUUGAACCAGUGCCAUUCUUACAAAACAAUGUUUUUAUAUAUAUAUAUAUACUGAUAUAUAGCACAAUUUAGUUUGUAAUCAGUCUCUGUGUUAGUGCUGCUCCAAAAGCGAGUUUUUGAAUCAUUUCUUUAUACAGUAUAUCCUUAAUGAGC